CGUAUGCAGUAAGACACUGUCGGCGCUCCGAAUCGCCGCGCAAAAAGUUGGUGAAAUUUCAGGAAAGUACUCGCGGCUCGACCCUACACCUUGCACCAUACAACGUUUUGGGUACCAAGCAAUUACCAUGGGUGGAAUUAAAAGAAAAUCCGCCGCGCCGGCGCAGUCUGACCCCAAAGUCAAAAGCAAAAAAGUCAAAGUCGACAAACCGAAAGGAAAACGGUCAGCAGAUGCGGAUGCGGCCAAACCCACGAAGACGUCCAAGAAGGCUAAGGUGAAGGACACACCAGAAGCUUCCGACAAUUCGAACCUCAGCGACGAAGAGUCUGAUUUCUCGAGUGAUGACGAGCACGGUUUUGAAAGCGAGCCCAAAACGAACGCAAAGAGUGAUACCAAGAAAGAUACCAAGCUUGGGAAACAGAGCUCCAGCAACAGUGCAGACACUGGUAAAGGUGGCUCUGGGGCGAGCGGUAUCAAUACUACCACCUCCCGAGAAGCCCAUGCGAAGCAGAAAGCACUGGCAAAAGAGCGAAGAGCCGCCAAACCAAACGCUGAAGACAUCGAACAACUCAAGCUCUUAUGGGAGAAGCUACGUCUCAAGAGCAAUAUAGACAAGGAAGAAAAGAAGCAGUUGAUUGACCAGACCAUGGAAAUUGUCACAGGCAGAAUCAAGGAAUUUGUCUUCAAGCAUGACUCGGUUCGUGUCAUCCAGUCCGUCUUGAAGUAUACGACAUCUAUGGAGCAGCGCAAAACAAUUGCUCGUGAGUUGAAAGGCGAGUUCAAGGGUCUUGCUGAGGGCAAAUAUGCCAAGUUCCUAGUCGCGAAACUGCUAGAGAAAGGUGAUGCCGAAAUCCGAGGCAUGAUUAUCUCAGAGUUUUAUGGGAAUGUUCGACGCCUGAUAGGACACCCAGAGGCAGCAUGGAUCCUGGACGAUACAUACCGACAAGUCGCUACUCCAGAACAAAAAUCCCGUCUUUUACGCGAAUGGUAUGGCCCUGAAUUCUCCAUCAAAGGUCUCGGCGAGAAGAUACCCGAAACUGCCGACCUCAAAGCCAUCUUGGAGCAGUUCCCUGAGAAACGCAAGCCGAUUAUGGAUUACCUAGAAGUGCAGAUAAAUCAGCUCAUCCAGAAGAGGCAAAGUGGCUUUACCAUUCUCCACGAUGCCAUGCUCCAAUAUUUCCUCACGUGCAAACCAGGCACCUCGGACGCCAAUGCUUUCUUGGAGCACCUGAAGCCAGACAUGACUUUGAAAGAAGGCGAAGAGGCAGAUAACGUUGAUUUGUUGAAGAACCUUGCCUUCACAAAACCUGGCUCCCGCCUAGUGUCACUAGCUCUGGCUUAUGGUACCGCCAAGGAUCGAAAACUCUUAUUGCGACCAUACAAAGAUACCAUGGAGAUGAUGGCAUUUGACCCGAAUGCUCAUCACGUUAUUCUUGCCGCAUUGGCUGUUGUUGAUGACACUAAGCUCUCAUCAAAGUCCGUAUUCGGCGAACUCCUUCCCACAAAUGAUACCCUCGCAGAAAAGGUAUUGAACAUUACAAACGACGCUCGCGCUCGUACGGUGCUCUUAUAUCCUUUCGCCGCGGACUCCAAAUGGUUGUUGGAUGACGAGACGCGCGACCGACUUGCGGAACUUUACGCCAUCCGUAACCUGACGUCCAAGAAGGACCCCAAUGUUCGGCUGCAAGAAAUAACCAGAUCAAUUGAGGGGCCUCUACUUUCCGCAGUCACUCAACGUAUGGGAGACUUUGCAGCCUUCAGUUUCGGACUGCAGUUUGUCACCGAGGUUCUUCUCGGCGCGCCGGAGGUGGAUGCGGAGGCUCGGCAACAAGCGUUGCAAGAAGUUGCCACCCACUCACAGCAGAUUCUAGAUUCUGGAGAUGGUGCGAGUGGCCAUGGAAAGAAUCUGCUCAAGACUUUGGUUCAAGGCGGGAAGUACGAUCCAAAGGCGAAGAAGGUUGUCCCUGUAGAGCCACGUUUGGGGUUUGCAGACAUGUUUUGGAAUCAUGUGAAGAACGAUGUCCUUAGCUGGGCGACAGGACAAGGCUCAUGGGUCAUUGUCAGUUUGGUCGAAAACGAAGAGUUUUCUAAGAAGAGCGAUGUCCUAGCAGUACUAAAGAAGGGGCGUAAAGAGCUGGAAGCAGUGGCUGCUGGCCCGGCCGGCAGUGCUGCUGCAGGAGGUAAGAAAGGUAAGAAUAUAAAGGGGCAAGGUGGUAGGGGUGGGAAUGCAGGUGCAAGAAUUUUGUUAGAGAAGUUGUAG